AUGUUUUUCACUUUAAUUAAUCUGUUAUUUUCGCUGGAUUUUAGUGACAAAAGUUUAAUACAAUUAGCCUCUAUGAUCAGAUGCGUCUCUGGUUGUGAACCUUUUCAGUUCAAAGGUUAUGGUUGUUUCUGUGGUCUCUUUGGAUCAGGAAAACCUGUUGACCCAAUUGACAAAUGUUGUCAACAUGAUCAAUGUUAUGCAAUGGCGCCUUGUCAUCAAUUACUUCUCUAUUUAAUGCCAUACAGUUUGGAUUGUGUUGCUCCUGGUUAUGCUAAUUGUGGUAAGCAUACAGAAUGUUUACUGAUUAUGAACAAUCAAAGGAUAAUCUCUGGAUUCUCUCUGUGUGAAUGUGACCGAGUCUUUGCUGAAUGUAUAAGUAAAUAUCCAUGUCCAUCAUCUAAAGCCAAGUGUCCAUUCAAGCCAAAGCCAUCUCCUCCGGAGACUUUUUACGGCCAAAUAACCACUUCAUCGGCAUUUUAAAUAACCACUUGAACAAAUAAACAAUGAUGGAAAAACAUAAACAAAAAACAAGUUACAGGUGAGGUAGAUUUUGGAUUGUCUAGAAUGCAAUUAAUACUUUGCUCAACUUGAGUGUGUAGAAAAUUGUUGUAUGGAUA